CCGGUAGCCUAGGCAGACCUCCCGGCAGGAAUACGAUCCCCCAGCAUGGCAGAUCCCUCAGAGGAGACGCCACCCGUUACACGGCAAAUCAGCCGGCAAAGUCUCUGGCAGAACACAGGAGAUGAGCCGGUGGAGCUCCGGUCCGCCUCCUCGCGUCUGGUGGUGGACGCGGCAGGGAAGCGGAUUCCUUUCGGGGCCCUUUACGAGCAGCAAAAGACCAUCGUGGUGUUCGUGCGGCAUUUCUUGUGUUAUGCCUGUAAGGAAUAUGUGGAGGAUCUGGGGAAAAUUCCCAAGGAAUUUUUACAAGAUGCAAAUGUAAGACUUGUAGUUGUUGGACAAUCAUCACACCACCACAUUAAGCCUUUUUGUAAUUUAACAGGUUACCCCUAUGAAAUGUUUGUAGAUCCUGAGAGGGAAAUUUAUAGAAUACUUGGCAUGAAAAGAGGGGAAGCAUCCAGCACAUCAGUGCAAAGUCCUCAUGUCAAAUCCAGCCUGCUAUCAGGAAGCAUUAAGAGCAUGUGGAGAGCAAUGGCUAGCCCUGCAUUUGAUUUCCAAGGAGAUCCAGCUCAGCAGGGAGGAACUUUGAUUUUAGGUCCAGGUGAUGAAAUCCACUUUAUGCACCUUGACAAGAAUCGGUUGGCUCAUGCUCCCAUUAAUGCAGUUUUGCAACUUGCAGGAGUUCAAACAGUAGACUUUACAAACAGAUCUCAUAUUAUUGAUGUAUGACUUGUCGGAACAAGAAUUACCCAGAUGGUCAGCUAAACUUGAUAUACAGCAAUGAAGACUAUUUGUCAGAGGUAUAGAUACUGUUAUAUCACUAAAUGGAAAAUCCCUGUCUAUUGAUUGAGGUGGUUUCUAGCGGCUGAAGGACUUCACAUUUGCACAUUCAAGGAACCAACGUGGAAUAGCAAAUUGUAUGUUCAAGUCUGCUGGACCCAAAAGGCUUUAUAUGUUGCUUUAACUGUUUUAAAAAACUUCUUAUUAAAACAGGAUCACAUAAGCAAUAUUGUAAUAAACCGGCCGGUUUGUUUCCA